CGCCAGUUUCCUUUAGCUUUUAAAACUGUCACAUGAAAACAAGCUUGUGUUGAUACAUAUCAUUAGAACCCCACAUUUUUAAUAGUUAUAUAUAUCUAGACAGAGCAAAACAUACAUACGAAAAAUGGCUGGCGUAAGCGACUGGUUUAGCAUUGGAAGUACAGUAGCAUGUAAAACUUGUUAUAAUAAAGAAAUCGAGGGUGAAGUUCUCGCAUUUGAUCCACAAACUAAAAUGCUUAUACUGAAAUGCCCAUCAUCCUCUGGUAGACCAUCGGUAAAUGAUGUACAUAUAGUUAAUUUAUCACUGGUGUCUGAUGUACAAGUAAAAAGAGAAGUCAGUCCAACAACAACAGAGCCACCACAGAGUCUCAAUUUACAGAGGCUAAACACACGUGUACGUAAUCAAGUUGAAGAAAAAAAACGUAUGGUAAAAGCUCUGCAGGCCGGAGUAUCGCCAGAAGGACAAAAACUUUUUAUAGCUAUUUCUAAAACAAUUAAUGAAAUAACGUGGUCUGGGCAAAAUAUUGUCGUAUGGGGUAAUGUUACCAUCGUACCGCCUUACAAGGUUGAUAAUGUACAUGGUAACGCUGAAUCUAAACCUUAUUUACAUGUUAGAAAAGUCGUAGAGAAGCAUAUGAAAGACACAGCAGCAGCUGAAAUGCAACAACAACAAUCACGGCAACAAAUACAAAAAAAUAAUAGCAAUACUACGUUGCAGCAGUAGUUUAAAUUAUCACACAUACACACAAACAAUAAUAGAAUUUCAUUGGUUAAAAUUUAUGUAAAAAAUAACAAAUUAAAAAUUAAUAACAACAAAUAAAAAGGAUAUAAAUUAAA